UUCGAACAGCUGCUUCGAGCCCUCGCGAGAAGGUGGUCUCAAGAGAGAACACGAUCUCUCCCGAUAUUGCUGACGUGUUAUACGAUUCGGAUACUUAUGGAGUUCACCAUAAGAAUUCUAUGGAGACAUCGAUCAACGCCGCAGCACAAUGCGAUGAGUCGUAAACUGUGCGACACGUGGUUCUACGCCAUAAUCGUGGCUUCAGUCGCGGCGGCCCUCUAUUACUACUACCCCGAGAUCCAGGAACGCUUCCCGAAAGAAACUGCCAUCCUCGAAAGCUACAGUGACAACUUAUACGCGACGAUACAACGAUAUCUUCCGUUUCUCUUCCCCGCCGCUGGCAAACUGCCCGCUGGUUUCUUCGAUGCUGCAACGCUAGCCAGAUACGACGGGAAACCUUCUUCGAAAGGAUUGUAUUUAGCUCUAUUGGGCAAGGUGUACAACGUCGAGAAGGGAGCCCAACACUACCGCCAGGGCGGUGGUUACGCCUUCUUCGCUGGCAAGGACGCCACAAGAGCUUACAUCACGGGUGACUUCACCGAAAAGGGUUUGACGGACGAUCUCGACGGGGUCUCCGACGAUAUGGUUGCGGGACUCGCUACCUGGAUCGAAUUCUACCAGAAGGAAUACUCGUACAUGGGGAAACUCGUGGGAAGGUAUUACACUAGCACCGGUGCCAAAACCGCAGAACUCCGUCGAGUGGAAGGUAUCCUCAAGACUGCGCUCGCAUCGAAAUUGAAAGAUGACGAACUCAAGAAGGUUUUCCCCCCGUGUAACUCCGAGUUCACGCCGAAAGAGGGUCAUAAGGUGUGGUGCAGCGACGAGAGCGGGGGCAUCAAGCGUAAGUGGACUGGCGUUCCCCGAAGACACCACCCCCCUGGUAUGAGUCAGGAAAGAUGCGUCUGUGUCAGAACGACCGGCGCUCCGCACGACAAUCCAUCGGCUUCUACGAACAACGGAGAUCUCUCAAACCCCAAUCUCAAAGAAUAUCCCGACUGCGAACCAACUUCCGUUUCAUGCAAGCUGAAGUGAGAACGUGACAGACCGCUUGGAUGAUCAGGAAAUUCGCUCUUCAGCUAGCCUUCCGUUCGAUCGAGCCGUGCAUCUGCGAUCCAACGGGACGGGGAUAGCCAGGAGCGUGGCUUCCAGUCAUGGAAAAAGAGAAUAUCGGCAUUGGUGUAUGGCAACUAUAGUUUUCCCAACCUGAGAAUCGCUCGGGAGAAAAUUCUUUCUAUGAUAUAUCCCAAUUUCGGAACGGAGCCGACAGAUCUGAAAAUUCCAGCGGAAAACAUGGAAUUGAUAGCGAAACGAUUCGAGCGCUCGACGCGGCGAGGAGGCCGACCACGAAUCGUUUCACCACGAGCAGAUUUUUGUCGAGUUAGCUGGCCAUUAAUAUAUCCGGGCUGAGUGGCAAACUUUCCGUGAUGUACAUUUUAGCUCUCUUGGAAUAAAUAAAUGACUUAUUUUAC